AUGCCUCACCUUCCAAAGCACCCACGCCUCUCCUUUGAGAAACUCUUUCAGGUCCCAACUGAGGCACAGGAGUUGGUGGAUGUACAGGUUCCCACAUCUGAGGAGGAGGAGGAGACCGCCACCAUUUCUUCUUAUGAAGAGUCCAGCAGCCAAGAAGAGGAGGAGAGUUCAAGCAUGUUGCAGUCCUCAACAGAUGCUGAAUCCUUGCUCAAAGACCCACUAGAAGAAAAUGUGACUGAUUUGGUGCAUUUCCUGAUCCUCAAGUAUCGACUGAAAGAUCCUAUCACAAAAGCGGAAAUGCUUGAGGUUGUCACCCAAAGUUACAAAAAUGAAUUCCCUGUGAUCUUCAAUAAAGCAUCUAAGUGCUUAGAGCUGAUCUUUGGCAUUGAUGUGAAGGAAAUGAACCCCACUGGCCAUUCCUAUGUCCUUGUCAACUCACUAGAUCUCACCUAUAAUGAGGUGCUGAGUGACAAUCAGAGCAUGCCUAAAAAUGGUCUCCUGAUAACUAUCCUGGGUAUCAUAUUCAUAGAGGGUAAUUGUGCCUCUGAAGAAAGCAUCUGGGAGUUCCUGAAUACAAUAGGAGUGUAUGAUGGGAAGGAGCAUUUCAUUUAUGGGUAUCCCAGGAAGCUCCUUACUGUAGAUUGGGUACAGGAAAAUUACCUGGAGUAUCAGCAGGUGCCCCACAGCAAUCCUCCACACUAUGAAUUUCUGUGGGGUCCAAGAGCCCACGCAGAAACCAGCAAGAUAAAAGUCCUGGAAUUUUUGUCAAAGGUCAAAGGGUUUGACCCCACUACCUUAUCAGGCUGGUAUGAGGUGGCUUUGAGAAAUGAGGAAGAGAGAGCCAGGGCCAGGAUAGACACCAUGGACAGGGGUGCUGCCGUGUUCAUUGCACAGCAUUGGUAA